AUGGACGCAGAUAAACAUGUGAAAUCAGCUUUGUUCAGAAGUGAUAGCGGUAUGAAAUCAGAGUCUGAAUAUUGGGCGCUCUUCGUCAAUGUCAGAAGGUCUUCCGCAACGAGAUUCGCCAAUCACACCUUCUCCGUAUGCGUUGCAAAUGUCUUCAGCAGCUUUUUGGCCUCGAUGAAAAGCGAAGAAGAGCAGAUGGCCGAUGAAGGAGUAUGGACACUGAUCGAGUCCGAUCCAGGGGUUUUCACCGAAAUGUUACGCGGCUUCGGGGUGGAGGGUGUACAGGUGGAAGAGUUGCACUCCCUUUCUGAAGAGGAAACCGCAAAUUACAACCCAAUAUACGGAUUGAUUUUCCUUUUCAAGUGGCGACCUGGGGAAGACCCGAUUGGUGAACCUGUCGAUACGAGUAACGUAUUUUUCGCCCAACAAGUGAUUACCAAUGCUUGUGCAACACAGGCAAUCAUAAAUUUGCUAAUGAAUGUUAGCGAUACGAAGGUGAAACUGGGUCCUGUACUUGAAGAGUAUCGUGAUUUCGCUAAACACAUCGACCCUGCUAGUCGAGGAUUAGUGCUGUCGAAUUGUGAAAAAAUCCGCCAAGUGCAUAACAGCUUUGCUCGUCCGACAUUCUAUGAACUUGAUCUCAAUUUACCUCCUUCGGAAGAUAAUUAUCACUUUAUCACGUUUGUGCCUGUUGGAAAUAAGAUUUACGAGUUAGAUGGUUUGCGAGAGUUCCCACUAGAGGUUUCCACCAUCCCAGAAGGAAAAUCAUGGAUGGAAGUGAUAAGUCCAAUUCUUACGGAGAGAAUGCGCCGUUUCAAUGAUGGUGAUAUUAUGUUCAAUCUAAUGGCAGUUGUUGGAAAUAUGAUGGAGAAGUACACGAAGAGGAGGGAAGAAAUCCUCGAGGGUAAGAUCACGUUUCCAUCAACGGAUGCAAUGUAUGAUGAACUAGCAAUAGUCGAGAAUAAGAUCGACGAGGAGGGACACAAGCUUGAUAUGUACCGCAGAGAGAAUGCUAGGCGUCGCCAUAAUUACUUACCAUUCAUCAUUGAAAUACUGCGCAUCUUAGCAAAGGAAGGUCGACUCGUACCGAUGGUAGAAAAGGCGCAGAUGAAUGCCCGACAACGAUUGAAUCGUGAAAACAAGCGACAAACGCAACAGAACUAG